AGGAGUAGUGAAGAGAUUGGAGUGGAUGUGGGGUAAUGGGAAAUAAAGGGGAUCCAAGUGAAAUGGACAGAUUAGAGGGAAUGUUGGGGAAUAGAGGGGAUGAGGGAGGAGGAAUGUGGUAUUUAUAGGGAAUGAGGAAGGGUAGGAUGGACGGAUGAAGUAUAAGAGUGGAGAGGGACAUGAAAUGUCAGAGUUUUGGAGAAUAGGAUAAAUGGAGGGAUGGGGAGCAGUGGAGAGAAAGGGCUAGAGAUCAGUAGGAGAGCAAAUCGUCAGUUGAAGGAUCAAGUACUUUUUGUGUAGAGCAAGGGAUAGCAAACAUUUAGUGGUACUUGUUUCUGAGCCACCAAACUGUCAUGUAAUUGUCGGCACAGUAUAAAUCCAGAAAUUAGAGAUGCAUGUGAUGGUGGUGAUGCAGUAAUAAUGGGCAGACAGAUGGUGAUGUUCUUUGGAAAAUUGUAAAUCAAUCAGCUUUGGAAUGCUUAGAGCUUUGACUUGGGACAUUGUUCUAUAGGAAGCGUCAUUCUGCCUCUUCUGCCUGACGAGUAAUGUUUGGACCAAGAUCCUUAGGAAGAUUGGUGAACCAUGGCCCGGCCACAGGCCUUAGCAGUGACAGCAGCCACAUUACUGGGUACUGCUGUAGGCUGCCUGUACUUGUGGAAGGCCUUUAAAAGUCCCAAAUGGAAGAAGGCUCUGGCCAGCCAGAAUCAAGAAGGUGUGGAAAGAGAGAAAAUCACACAGGGUGAUAGAGGGGAAUCUUGCCAAAUAGAUAACACAGACGAUUUUGUCAAUCCCAGUUUGCUGGUGGAAAAACUGCUGACUGCAGAUGCUUUCAUAGUGGAGUCAGAGGAUGAAUGGGAGCAAGCCUGGCCUUUGUUGAAGACAGACCUAGAUAAUUACCCACUCAUAGGAAUUGACUGUGAAUGGAUUUCUAUAAAGGGGAAACCAAACCCAGUGUCUCUCCUUCAACUCGCCUCUUACAGUGGCUUCUGUCUUCUUGUCCGCAUGCCCCAGAUGAUUAGGGAUGGUCGCUUGAUGCCGAAGACCUUACUCGACCUCCUGGGGAAUGGUAGUGUUCUAAAAGUUGGUGUUGAUGCUUUCGAGGAUGGCUGCAAGUUAUUCCGAGAUUACUGCAUUACGGUCAGGGGCUGCUUGGAUGUGAGAUACUUAGCCAUGCGCCAGAGCAGGAAGAAUAGCUUUGCGUGCUCCCUAAGCCUGAAGUCCUUAGCUCAAGACAUCUUAAAUUAUACCCUUGACAAGUCCAUACAUCUGCGAUGUAGUAAUUGGGAGGCAGAAGAGCUCUCCAACGAGCAGAUAGCAUAUGCUGCACAAGAUGCCCAGGUAUCUGUGGCUCUGUUUUUUCAUCUGCUGGGAUUCAGUUCUGCACCACUUGAAGGUUGUAUGCCAUGUGAACAUGAACCCACCUGGAAGCAGAUGCUGGCACGGUGCCAGGGCCUGAUAGAUAUCCCAUUUAAGGGCAAAGUGGGAAGUAGCAGAGGGGAAGAUGGAACAGGAGACAUCAACUCUCAGCAGAGACGACGAAACAAGAAGCUUGGGACCAACCAGAAAUCUGCAUCACACCUGAACACCCCAGACCCAAGAAGAAUUCAGCACAAACCGCUCGGGGUAGGAUAUUCUGCCAGGAAAUCCCCACUCUAUGACAAUUGUUUCCUCCAUGCUCCAGACGGACAACCCCUGUGCACCUGUGACAAGAAGAAGGCACAAUGGUACAUAGACAAGGGCAUUGGGGACCUCAUCAGUGAGAACCCAUUUGUUGUGAAGUUGAAGUUCGAACCAUCAGGAAGACCUGAGUCUCAAGAAGACUAUUACCUGACAGCCAAGGAAAACCUUUGUGUUGUGUGUGGCAAGAGAGAGUCUUACAUCAGGAAAAAUAUUGUUCCCCACGAAUACCGGAGACACUUCCCCGUCCAAAUGAAAGACCACAAUUCUCACGAUGUCCUGCUCCUGUGCACUGCCUGCCAUGCCGCCUCGAACUAUUAUGACAAUGUCUUAAAGCAGCAGCUGGCGGUGGAGUUCAACGCACCGAUCGGUUGUGAGGAAAGUGUUCGCCUACUGGAGGAUCCAGCUCGCAGGCAGGUGCGUUCUGCAGCUCGGGUCUUGCUGCACGCUGAAGGCCUUCCUGAGGCUCGGAGGAAAGAACUUCAGGAUGUCCUUAAAGCUUUCUAUGGCGUGCAAACAUUGACCACGGAGAUCCUUGAAGAAGGAGCAUCACUGGGAACACGGGUACUCAAUGAAAGCUACGUCCCUCAUGGUUUGAAAGUGACACAGUCCUGUGCAGUUGGUGGUCUCCGAGCCCUAAUGUCUUUGGAAAAACGUUGGCGCCAGCAUUUCCUGGACUAUAUGCGGCCCCGCCACCUUCCGCCCCUGUGGUGUGUGGAUCACAAUCAUAACAAGCUGAUCCGCAAGUAUGGGGAGGACCUGAAGAUCGAGUUGACGUGAAAGAAGAUGACUGGUGCAACUCAAUUCUUUGUUUUACUUCUGCAACUGCUUCUCAAGACUGUGGAGAUGAUCAAUUCCGAUGCGUGAGACACAUGUAUCAAUCUGCUUGUGAAGUACUGGGAAGGACUGCAAGUUGUUUUUUAAUUUAUGAAAAUGGGAAAGUGCUGUUGAAACGGUGAACAGUUAAAUAAAACACUCUGACCUAUUAUCAAAUUUUAACACGUUUUAGAGGUUUGUUUUGCAACUAUAACUUCUGGUACAAUAUCACCCUAGGUACAUUUUUAAAUUCAGACUUUAUUUAAAAUAAAAUCUUUUAAAAUAAGAACAAUAUCUUUGUACCAGCGACACAAGUGAGUCUUCUGCUUGGAAAGUGGAACAGUUUGCAAUGGCAGAGGGAACUUCCAAGCUCAUAACAUACUAUCACAACCAAGUCACCUGGAAUCCUGCAGGUUAGUCUUUGUACCUGGCGUUUGAGGAUGAAAUAAUCAGAUUUUCCAAGAGUUGCUGGUCCAGACCCAUCAGAACAGUAAAAUAUAUUGUAGCUUUUAUACAAAGUUUUCAAAGCUAAUUCAUUUCCCCAGAAAACAGAUUGCUUUCCAAAUAUUUGAUUCCUUUCAUCUGAAGAGUGGUUUCAGAAUAAAAAUCUUUCUCUUGUCCAAAAAUGAAAAUUUCUAAUAUGACGUUUGUGUAGUUCUGUGGGUCCAGUUUGAGCCAAGCCCUUCUCCAGAAAGAGGCAUCCUCAUUAACACUUUGUAGUUAUUCAUCCGUUGUAAUCAUGUCUUGAGUUAACACCAAUUAAAUUUGAUGCAUGUACA